AUGAACACCACUUUCCAGAAAGACAGGAGCAGCCUAUUAGACGUGCUGUUCUCCCACUUCGACGUGGGCUGUAUCCAGUUGGUGGUUCGUCAGCACAGCGGAGGAGCAGGGCUGGGUCCCGGCCACAUACCUCGACUCGCAAAAUGGAACCAGAGACGAUUUGGAUCUGGGAACAUCCAGGACCGUCGAAGGUAUUUAGGGAAAGAGGGCUGGGCCCCGGCCUCCUACUUGAAGAAGAUCAAAGAGGAUUUCUCCCCACGGAAGAAGACGCUGACAGGCCCCGUGGAGAUCAUCGGAAACAUCAUGGAGAUCAGCAACCUGCUGCAAAAGAAGUCUGUUAGCGAGAAGGACAUCCAGACAGACGGAGAGGGCGGAACCACGCCGGAACGCCACUUCUCCAAGAGCGAGAUCAGCCUGCCGAUGCCCUCCGAAAUCAACGCCGCGACAGGCCGAAGGCUGAGCGCGGGCCGGGACACCAACAGCCCGUGUCUCGGAAUAGCGGCGAGCGCCGCCCUGAAUGAGAAUAAAGCGAGAGGCGAGCCGGGCUCCCCGGCUGUCGCGAGAGUGGCGCCGCACAGAGUGGAAAUCGGAUUCGGCGCUGUAAUAGAGAAGAAUCCUGGAGGCUGGUGGUACGUGCAGAUUGGGGAGAUGGAGGGCUGGGCCCCCUGCUCCUACAUCGACAAGCGCAAAAAGCCCAACCUCAGUCGUAGGUCCAGCACACUGACCCGCCCCAAAGUCCCUCCUCCAGCGCCACCUGUCAAAAAACAAGAAUCUGAGGAGGCUCCGCCUUCUGCUAACUCUUCCUCCAAAACCACAGAGGUGCCUAGCAGGGCUGUGUACGAAGAACCUGAAUACGAUAUUCCUGCAGUCGGAUGCGAAGGUGAGCCUGAACCGGAUCCCCUGAAGGACGAGCGUUCCCGCGAUGUGAAGAUCAACAGUGUGGUCAGCGACAAGUACAGCAGCUCCCCUCCGUCCUGCAAGGCCUCCCCUCCCGUUUGCAAGGCCUCCCCUCCGUCCUGCAAGGCCUCCCCUCCCGUUUGCAAGGCCUCCCCUCCUUCCUGCAAGGCGUCCCCUCCUGUCUGCAAGGCAUCUCCAGUUUUCGCCCAUCGAAGAACCUCCUUCAGGUCUGUAGAGGAGGUUGCUAAGGAGGAGUGUAUCUAUGAGAAUGAUGGCUUCAGGCCGAGCGGCAGUGUGACUAAAGGUUCCAGUGAGCCGAACUCCCCACGGAGCUACCAUUCCUCCACAGUCCCAAGAAAACCCUCCGGAUCUUCGCCUUUACCUGGCAGGCCCAUGAAAACCAUGACACCAGAGAUGAGUCGGAGAAGCCAGACCCUGGGCAGACACAUAGAUAUCAGCUUCAGAUCCCAGGAUAACAGCCCUCACUCGUCAUCAGAUGAAUUGAGCAGAGGCUCCAAGAAAGGCCCCGUCUUCAACCGGGAGGUGGAGCAGAGAAUAGGCCAGAGCCCCUCCACCAGGCCCAAGCCUUCCGUCAGACCUAAGCCCCUUUUGACCAAAUCAGAGCCCCAGAGUCCAGAGAGGAUGGACAUCACCUCUCUGAGACGACAGCUGAGGCCUACGAGUCAGUUUAGACAUAGCCUCAAACCUUCUCGUGGGGAGGACUCUGAAACAGCUUCUGUUAUAUCAUCAGAGGACUCGGUGUGUUCACGCAGUACCUCAGAUCUCUCCUCGGUUUACUCCAAAGGAAGCCGUGGUGACUCCGAUGUGGAGGGCCCCAAUCUCUACCGCUCCGUGGAUGCCUAUAAGAAAGUCCAGGACUCCGAGAUCAGUUUUCCAGCUGGGGCUGAGGUCGAGGUUUUGGAGAAACAGGAGAGCGGUUGGUGGUACAUCCGUUGGGGCUCCGAAGAAGGCUGGGCUCCCUCAUACUACCUGGAAGCUGUCAGACAAAUGGGCGACGGUGGUGGCUUAGACGGACACGGGAGUGGUGGGAGUAAGUCCAACAGCCUGGAGAAGAAUGAGCAGCAUGUUUUGGCCCUCAAUAACAUUAAUAUUCAGGGCCUGACGCAGCAGCAUCAAGGCUUGAGGAGGAACUCUCCACCGAUUCCUUCCAAGCCUCCCGGCGGCUUCUCGAAGCCAUCUGGGAUGGUUAAUGGAGGCGUGAGGAUGAGGAACGGGGUACGCCAGGUGGCGGUGAGGCCUCAGUCUGUAUUUGUCACCACUACGCAGCCAGCCAAGGACGCGCACUACACAACAGGGUCCUUGAGAAGGAACGAGUCACUGGGCAGGAGCGAUCACUAUGGUUCCGGUUCUGCCACUCUCGGAGUUCGCCGAAACGCCUCAUUCAGCACCGUGCGGCCACACGUAGUUGUUGAAAGCCAAACGAGGCCUGCCGAACGCUCCAGUCUGUCUUCGGGGAGCGCGUUCAGCACAAGCAACGUCCAAGACGCCCUGAGCAGAGUUAACCAACGCAACGGUAUCCCCGUGUCCACGGUCAGACCCAAGCCCUUGGAGAAGAGCCAGCUGAUCCACAACAACCUUGGCAGGGAUGUGUAUGUGUCCAUUGCCGAUUACCAUGGCGACGAGGAGACCAUGGGGUUCACAGAGGGAACCUGUCUGGAGGUGUUGGAGAGAAACCCCAAUGGGUGGUGGUACUGCCAGGUGCAGGACAGCCUGGUUCCCCGCAAAGGCUGGGUCCCCUCUAACUACCUUGAGCGGAAAAAAUAA